AUGGCUCCUCCGCCAGGUCAACAAUAUCCUCCUUCUCAAGGACCGUAUAAUCCCAACCUUCAAUACCACCAAUAUGCCAAUAGUCAAGUAUCUCUUGGCUCUAAUCAUUCUGGCUCGUAUGCUGCCGGCUAUGCAGCUUCCGUCGCGUCUUUUCCUCCUCCCAACGGCCGUGCCACGCUUCCGCCUGUAUCAGAUACCGCUUCUGAAAUUGAGCCACGCCCCUCACUCGCCAGAGGAGAAUCGCUGCUACCUGCUACCAACAAAUCUAAGGCUGUCGAUCUCUCUACUCCACCGUAUACUAAACAGUACAUCGAUUCCUAUCGGCAGCGUAUCAAAGGAGAUCCCGAUCCUGAGGCACAUUUUCUAUACGCCAAAUAUCUUAUUGACGCUGCCAGGAAGAUCAGAACGAGCUCCAAGGAUCAGCGUUCUGCAAAAAAAUACUCUGAGCUGUUAAUCGGAGAAGCUUUGAAAGUUGUCCGACGGUUAGCUACUCAAGGAGAUGCAUAUGCUGAAGCCCAGUUCUUUUUAGCAAACUGCUUUGGAACAGGUGCAUUGGGCCUACAGGUUGAUCACGAACGAGCAUAUCAUCUCUAUCUGCAGGCUGCAAAGCAGAAUCAUGCUGCCGCUUCGUAUCGAGUCGCUGUGUGUAACGAAAUUGGUGCCGGUACACGGAAAGAACCUCCUCGAGCAGCUGCCUUCUACCGCAAGGCGGCUUCGCUUGGUGACACCGCCGCUAUGUACAAGCUUGGAAUGAUUCUCUUGCAAGGGCUUCUCGGAGAGGCUAAGAAUCCGCGAGAAGCGGUCGGCUGGUUACGACGGGCGGCAGAGCAGGCUGACGAAGAGAAUCCACAUGCACUUCACGAACUUGGUCUUCUCUAUGAGAUGCCGAAUUCUGGGUUGGUUCCACAUGAUCCCAUACAGGCGAAGAACCUUUUCACUCAGGCUGCACAUCUGGGCUAUACACAAUCACAGUACAAAUUAGGGCAAUGCUACGAGUAUGGGGCUCUUUCAUGUCCCGUUGACCCGCGUCGUUCAAUAGCAUGGUACACCAAGGCCGCAGAGAAAGGAGAUCCCGAAGCUGAGCUGGCUUUGAGCGGAUGGUAUCUGACUGGGAGUGAAGGUGUAUUGAAGCAGAGUGAUAAUGAAGCGUAUCUUUGGGCUCGCCGUGCUGCAAACAAAGGGUUGAGUAAGGCUGAGUAUGCCGUUGGUUAUUAUGCAGAAGUGGGGAUAGGUAUCAAUCAAGACAUCGAAUUCGCAAAACGUUGGUAUAUGCGAGCUGCAGCUCAAGGUAAUAAACGAGCGAUGAACAGGUUGACAGAGAUGAAACGUAUGGGCAACAAGCGAAUGAAUAUCGUUCGCCCAACUCGUCAACAAGCAAAGGAUGAGUGUGUAAUCUGCUAG